GAGACGACCGCUGGUAGUGUGCAAUAGCAUUUUGAUUGAACAAAUAUAGCAACUUCCGUGGAAUUGGGAGAUACUAUUUCUCUACGAAGAGAAUUUAAAAUGGAUGAAAUGGAAGAAGAAUUAAAAUGCCCUGUCUGCGGAUCUUUUUUCCGGGAGCCGAUCAUUCUACCGUGCUCCCACAACAUUUGCCUGGCUUGCGCUCGGAAUAUCCUAGUGCAGACGCCGGACGCUGAAUCUCCGCAGAGUAGCCGCGCGUCUGGCUCGGGGGUAUCUGAUUACGACUAUCUGGACCUGGAUAAGAUAAGUUUGUACAGCGAGGCGGACAGUGGGUAUGGCUCCUAUGGUGGAUUCAUAAGUGCCCCGAUCACCCCUUGCCAGAAAUCUCCAAACGGUGUGCGCGUUUUCCCCCCUGUCGUCCCCCAACCUCCUGCCCAACACCACUUGCUAGGACACCCCGGCUCCCUACCCCCUAUCCCCCGAAACUCCUGCAUCACCUGCCCGCAGUGCCAUCGCAGCCUCAUCCUGGACGAAAGGGGGCUCCGCGGGUUUGCCAAGAACCGGGUGCUGGAAGGGGUUGUGGACCGCUACCAGCAGAGCAAAGCGGCCGCCCUCAAGUGUCAGCUCUGCGAGAAGAGUCCCAAAGAGGCCACGGUGAUGUGCGAGCAAUGCGACGUGUUCUACUGCGACCCUUGUCGCGUGAGGUGCCACCCUCCCCGAGGUCCGCUAGCCAAGCAUCGCCUUGUGCCCCCGGCGCACGGCCGGAUAAGCCGUCGGACAAGUCCCCGGAAGAUCUCCACCUGUACGGAGCACGAACUGGAGAACCUGAGCAUGUACUGUGUUCAGUGCAAGAUGCCGGUGUGUUACCAGUGUUUAGAGGAAGGCAAGCACGGGACACAUGAAGUCAAGGCUCUGGGAGCAAUGUGGAAACUGCACAAGGGCCAGCUGUCCCAGGCCCUCAACAUCCUGUCUGACAGAGCUACCGAGGCCAAGGAGUUCCUGGUUCAGCUGAGGAACAUGGUGCAGCACAUCCAGCCCGCUGAUGGUCCAGGGAGACCCUUACUAGUGACAUCAGGGUGGGGAACACUGAAGGAGAACGGUGUAGAGUUCGAAGCCUGUCUGGUGGCUCAGUGUGACGCCCUCAUUGACGCCCUGAACCGACGCAAGGCCCAGCUGCUGACCCGCGUCAACAAGGAGCAUGAGCACAAGCUGAAGGUGGUGAGGGAUCAGAUAUCUCAUUGUACAGUUAAGCUGCGUCAGACAACAGGCCUGAUGGAGUACUGUGUGGAGGUCAUCAAGGAGAACGACCCCAGCGGAUUCCUACAGAUCUCAGAUGCCCUGAUCAGGAGGGUGCACAUGACGGAGGACCAGUGGGGGAAGGGAACCCUGACCCCCAGGAUGACCAGUGACUUUGACCUGACCCUGGACAGCGGACCCCUGCUACAAACCAUCCACCAACUAGACUUCGUCCAGAUGAAAG